AUGGACAACUCCCGCUGCCCCGCGGACUCCGCGUACGCGUGCAGCAGCGACCCCAGCGUCUGGUCGGGGGUGGGGAUGAACCCCUCGGACCCACGCAUCAGAAAGAGGUACAGCACGGGGCGCUUCAGCUUCUUCUUGAUGCGAGCCUGCACCUGCCCCAGCGUCUCGCCCGGGUCGCAGUUCAUGUUGGGCAGCGUCUCUGUUAUGCCCGUCUUGGCUGUGAGGCGCAGGGUGAUUUUCGGCGCCGCCGCACCCUCGGCCAUCGCUGCGCCUGGGCGGAAAAAAAAAGAGCGAAGCGCAACCGCUAAAAAUCAGGGAACGUCGUUCACCUCCACCGCCUGCGCGACGAGCUCGUCGCGCACGGCGGCACCGCCAAGUCUCAUUGGCGAAAGUGUGGGGAGAAGAAGCAAGAGAGCGGGAAAGUAA